AUGGAAACGGAAACUGUAAUCACCCAGCAGCCAAAUGGAAUCUUUGCGCCCGAAGAAAGGGAAUGGACAGUUGGACUCUUUGGCUGUUGCACGGAUAUCCCACGUUGUUUCCUGGUCACCUGCUGUCCGCUGUGUUACUUGUGCCACCUAUACAAAUACUCUGACGAGGCCUGUGGUCUGCCGCUGCUGGGAGCAGGACCAGUGCUGCUACGGGUGAAGCACCGAUUUAAGCAUCACAUCAAGGGCUCCCUGUUGAAGGAUGUGUGCGCCACCACAUGCUGUCCGUUGUGUACAAUGUGCCAACUGAAGGCGGAUAUGGUACAGACGAAAACAAUUCACCAAUAUUCUGGAAUAAUGACUAUGAGCCCACUCAUAAAGAAGUUAUCUGAGUUGCGAUCUCUUGUUCUAUCGGACCCUACUGAUGAAACAACAAUCAAUUUCUUCUCUGGUGAAGAAUGGUUUGAACUUUCUCGAGCUUUCCAGUCUGCUGACAGGAAACAGAAGGAUUCCAUUAUUUCCAUCCUGGACGAAAUGACGGUAAACCGCAAAGGGGCUAAAUUGUUUGGUAUAGAAGUUUUCAUACCGACGCUGUAUGAAUCACUCAUCAUCAAACGCGAAUGCGAAGAAAUGCAAGGGAGCAUUUUUCGCAUUAUCAGUCGCAUCACUCUCGCAAAUCCGUGUGUGGACUACGGCAACUCGUUUCCCACUACUCUAAUGCAGUCUGUUGAUUUUUUGUGCGACGACUCAUCUGAUGUUGGAGCCACUCUGUCCUUCAUUGAUGCGUUGCUCACCUACGCGAUCAGCAACUGCAUCGACAUCCAUCACUCACUGUGGAGUCUGUUGGAUUUUUGUGCCGACAAGUGUACUAAACCCGAUUCUGACAUCUGGAAGUUCCUAAUCCUCUCUGCCAAACUGUUGCCGGUACUACCAACUCAAUCGCAUGGAUGCCUUUUGCCACGUUGUCUUCAGCGUUUGGCCGAUUUCGCAGUGAAGUGUUUGCAAACAAACAAUUUGAUGAACCAUUCCGCUUCCUGUUACUCGCUAUUCGAAUUUCUUCUGGCUAUCACCCGUUUCUGCGCUUGCUCGCUCAGCUGGCUCCGACCGUUGUGUUUGCUGUCAAAGAAUCGCGGGGAGCCGUUUGCGGUCCUGCUCUCCUCGGUGAUUGUCGAAUUGCGGUUGCGCCUACCGUGUCCUGACCUUUGCAGUAAAUGUAAAAAGCCUUGUGAAGGUCCAGAUUGGCAGCACAAUUGGAUUAAUACUGUGGUCACCGAUCUUUCGGAGUUGAACAACCUCAUGGUGGAUCGCGCAGCUAAAUUGCUAAUCUUUGCAUUACGCGAAAUGGAUCAAGCAGGUUCCAGUGAGGACCGGACCGACGUCGAGAACCAAGUUCUUGCGGAGUAUCUCGAGGAUGAGGCAAUUGAAAAAUUUUGGUUACAACUUUGCGACUUGGGUCGCGUCUUCUCAGACACUUUAUCUUCUCGAGCUCCUGAACUCACCAACGCACUCAUGUCCGAUGCCACAAUCUCCCCUACUGUCAAGCCGGAAGAGCGGUUAUCAGAGCCGACAUUGCUACUUGUAUCCGCCUACUUGAAGUGGAUUGUGCUUUAUUACGAGACGAAUCGCAGUGGGAUACUUUCCAUGAAUUCAAUCGAAGAUCAAACGACACAUCUUUCCCAGCUCAUAGCGCGUUUGGUCGAGGAAACUUUGACCCCAAUAUCAUCUGUUCUAUGGCCAAUUUUAUGCGCUUACUUUACAUUUUCCAACGACAAUCCUCUCACCAGCCAGCUCAGAGAAGCAUUUCUUUCCUUCGCAUUACUGCUGCAAUCUUUUCCAGAUUUGGCAGUUUUCUCCCCGCAAUUCUCGUGGAAAUCGGAAUCAUUUAUCCAAAUACUUCUCCGGUGGAUCGUAUCCAACUGGGAUUCCCAUUUUAGUCGUCGCACGUACACCGGGUUGACUUUACUUCAUGGCGCGCUCAUCGCCGCGAGCUCCGUGAUGCGACAGAUACAUGAUAUCAAUCAGGAUUUACGCGACCACUUCUCAGAUCCAAACGAAUUGUCCACCUGUGAAAAGUUCCUACUGGAUGUGUGCAAAACUUUGGCGACCUCCGAAAAGCGGUUUACGGGCAAACUGCUUCCCUUGUACACGGAAUUUGUCAUUUUAACGCUUCGCACUGUUGUUCAAGGACGAGCUGCAGAUUCCUUGAUUGUUGAUGAAAUCUUCAAUCUAGCCCAUUUGUGCCUUUCUCUACUGGAUGAUGACCCUCAGCCGUUUCCUUACUCUCCUCAACAACGAUUAUCUCAAGCGAUUGACAUUGCCAUUUCUGGAACUCCUGGGAAAAGCCAUCCAUGAUUGGUCAUGUUUGUACUUUCUUAAGAUCUCAUCCUAUAUUUUAUGUAAAAUACAUUGCUCUUUCCAGCG